AGAAAGUUGAGUGAGUGACUGUCAGUUGGCCUAUCUAAAAUUUUACACUCGGCCAUGAAUACUAGCUAGAUUACGUAACUGGACGCUCCAGGAAGGUUACCAUGCAACGUCAGUCUGCCUAUUAAUAUUAACAAGUCUAGCGUUCGCCAUAGUAGGAAUCGUAAUUUUUCCUGUGGUGUAGGGUUGCACCCCGUUACACGUCACACGCGCCUUCGUUACAGGGUGAAGAAGAUACAGGCAAUGUCACACAGCCCUCCUCAUCAUCACGACUAAAAAUUCUUCGUAUCUUAUAUUCAGUAAUUCUUGACAGCAUUUGGAAAAAAUAAUAACUGAAUCGCACCGGCUGUGGUUUAGAGCGCUGUGCUCUGGUAGGUGCUGUCCAAGGUCCUGAACUUCUCUAGCCCAGCUUCACUCUACUACAUGCUAACAAGCAGCUCCUGACACCCAGCUCCAGCACUCUUUACACCAACACACAGCUUUCAGCCAUGGAUGAGGGUUACAGAGAUCGUUCGGCCUUUAUUAAAGGCGCUAAGGACAUUGCCAAAGAAGUCAAAAGGCAUGCAGGUAAAAAGGUGGGCCGCCACGUGGACAAGGUGGCUGAUGAGUACACCAAACGCUCUUAUACUCGCUUCGAAGAGGAAGACGAUGACGACGACUACCCCGUACAGGCCCAGGACGGCAGCUACUACCGCAGCAAUAGCAGGGCCAAUGACGACGAAGGGGCUCACAGUGACUCUACAGAAGGCCACGAUGAGGAUGACGAGAUCUAUGAGGGCGAGUACCAGGGCAUCCCCAGAAACGACUCGGUGGAAAAGGGUGACAGACAGGUGGACGGAGUGGGACAGUCUCAGUACCGGGACGUAGCGCAGUAUGAAGGCGAGAGGAGGAAGGACCAGGAGGAGCUGGCACAGCAGUAUGAGACCAUCCUUCAGGAGUGUGGCCACGGCCGCUUCCAGUGGACCCUCUACUUUGUACUGGGUCUGGCUCUGAUGGCUGACGGCGUGGAGAUCUUCGUGGUGGGUUUCGUCCUGCCCAGUGCCGAGAAGGACAUGUGUUUGUCUGAGCCCAACAAAGGGAUGCUGGGUCUAAUUGUGUAUCUGGGUAUGAUGGUGGGUGCCUUUGUGUGGGGAGGUCUGGCUGACAGAAUCGGGCGCAGGCAGACUCUUCUGAUCUCUCUCUCCAUCAACAGUGUCUUUGCUUUCUUCUCCUCCUUUGUCCAAGGAUACAGCUCCUUCCUGUUCUGUCGUCUGCUUUCCGGUGUGGGGAUCGGUGGCUCUAUUCCCAUCGUGUUCUCAUAUUACUCUGAGUUUCUGGCUCAAGAGAAGCGUGGUGAGCACUUGAGCUGGCUCUGCAUGUUCUGGAUGAUUGGAGGCAUCUACGCUGCUGCCAUGGCCUGGGCCAUCAUUCCCCACUACGGCUGGAGCUUCCAGAUGGGAUCAGCCUACCAGUUUCAUAGCUGGCGAGUGUUUGUGCUGGUGUGUGCGUUUCCCUCCGUCGCUGCUAUCGCUGCGCUGACCACCAUGCCAGAGAGCCCACGCUUCUUCUUGGAGAACGGGAAACAUGAUGAAGCUUGGAUGAUUCUGAAGCAGGUCCAUGACACCAACAUGAGGGCUAAGGGAUACCCCGAGAGGGUUUUCUCUGUCACCACCAUUAAGACGGUGAAACAGAUGGAUGAGUUGGUUGACAUGGGUGGAGAGGCCACAGCCUGGCACCAGCGCUGGAGGAUCAAGCUGACCAAUCUCUUCCACCAGGUGUGGAGCAACUUCUUGACGGUGUUUAAUCCAGAGUACCGGAGGAUCACCUACAUGAUGAUGGCCGUGUGGUUUUCCAUGUCCUUCAGCUACUAUGGGUUGACCGUUUGGUUCCCUGACAUGAUCAAAUACCUGCAGAAGCAAGAGUACUCCUCACGCACAAAGGUCUUCAUCAAAGAGAAAGUGGAGCAUGUGACCUUUAACUUCACCCUGGAGAACCAGAUCCACCGGAAUGGAGAGUACUUCAACAACAAGUUCUUGAAUCUGAAGAUGAAGUCUAUGGUGUUUGAAGACUCCAUGUUUGAGGAAUGCUACUUUGAGGAUAUCACGUCAAGCAACACCUUCUUCAGAAACUGCACCUUUAUCUCCACCCUUUUCUACAACACUGACCUAUUCAAGUACCGGCUGAUCAACAGCAAACUCAUCAACAGCACCUUUCUGCAUAACAAAGAGGGUUGCAUGCUGGAUUUCAGCGAUGAGAACAACGCCUACAUGAUCUAUUUCGUCAGCUUCCUUGGCACACUUGCUGUCCUGCCUGGGAACAUUGUGUCUGCUUUGCUUAUGGACAAGAUCGGACGUCUAAGAAUGCUGGCGGGUUCCAGUGUGAUUUCCUGCGUCAGCUGCUUCUUCCUGUCAUUCGGAAACAGCGAAUCCGCUAUGAUUGCCUUGCUCUGUCUAUUUGGGGGCAUCAGCAUUGCAUCAUGGAAUGCCCUGGAUGUACUAACGGUGGAGCUGUACCCCUCGGACAAGAGAACUACAGCCUUCGGGUUUCUGAACGCCUUGUGUAAGUUAGCAGCAGUCCUGGGCAUCAGCAUCUUCCAGUCGUUCGUGGGCAUCACUAAAGCGGUGCCCAUCCUCUUCGCGUCGGGGGCUUUGGCGGUGGGAAGCUUCUUGGCUCUCAAGCUCCCCGAGACUCGCGGUCAGGUGCUUCAAUAGUGCGGUAUUCAGCGUUUGAGUAGGGAAUGCCCGACUUUGUCGCCCCCAAACCCAGUCCGUGAGUGAGCAAUGCUGGAAGCAGCCAAAACAAACCCCACAUUUACAGAUAUCUUCAUUCCUCCAAUAUGUGCAAUUACAUUAUUUCAUUUGAAUUUCCUUUCAUUCAAAUCUACAUGUAUAAAUAUGUUCCCUGCUGAUAUCUCAUUUUCUCACAGGAAUAUUGUGUGUGUGUGUGUAGAAAAACUGCCAUGUUAAACACAUUCCAGAUUUGCGUUAUGGUACGAAUGUGAAAUUUAACAUGUUCAUUUUGACUUUCCCUUUAAUCUUCAUCCAAGCCAUCACGCGGUUUGAAAACCAUCACCGAGGACCCGUGAAAUCAGUAGAUAGUUAUAUUUGAAUGGACAGUGUUGAUCUAGUGGUGCUGGUGAUGGUUAUUGAUGUUGCUUUACUCUAGUCCUUUGUGUCCCGAGAAGUGUGUGACGCCACAAUUGUCUGCUCUAUCGGCUCAAGCACUCCUCACCUUUUAGAUGUUUUACAGCAUAAAUGCUAACAUUACAUAACUAUAGACAGUGUAUCAUUGGUUCACUCAUUUUUUGUUGUACUCCAUCUGACGAAUUCGGUUGUUCUUUCAAAAUGUCUGAUAUUGACAGUGUUGUGCAUGCAAUGAAGCGCGACACGCUUGAAGAUAACUGAUAACUGACAGUGCUGUGUAUUACACUUCUCUACCCAUGAUUCUUUGGACAUUAUGUAAAAUAUGAGAGUGACUUAGUAUGGUUUAGUAAGCCAUUAUUCAUAUUUUCCAGAGCAGUUUCAGUUUUGAAUGUGCGCAAACAUUGAGACGAACCUUACAUUCGCCCCGUUCAUCCAUUGAACACGUGAAAAAAACGUAAAAAAAAUAAUAAUAAAAUGAAGCACAAAGUGAUCUGAUUAAAAACAAUAGGUUUAUUUUGAUGAUUAUGUAAAUUAUGUAUUGAAUAUAAAUAUAUACAAAUUAGCUGUAAUUCAAGUCUGUCUGUUUGAACACUCAAAAACUAUUAUUAAAUAUACAAACAUAUAUAUAUAAAUAUAUAUAUAUAAGAAAAAUAUGUACAUGUUCAGAUGUUGAACUAGUAUCAACAUAAUGUCUUAGAUAGAUUCCAUGUGAUGUAUGUAUAUACAGGUUUUCUGUUCAUUAAGGAAUUUAAUUUUUUUUAUCAAAGCAAAUAUAUAUAUAUAAAAAAAAAAAAUGUCCACUGAUUUGCAGCACACACAAACGCCCUCUUUCAUGUUUUCUCUUGUGUUCUUGUAAAGAAACAGAGGUAUCCGUCUGUAUGUGGGUGUGUGUGUGUAAAGUAUGGAAGUACGUGUGCUUGCAUGUGAAAUGUUGAGUGUUCUCUGAAUAUUUGUAUUUAUUUAUAUAACUGUUUAUGAGAGUUUGAUUUUAUAGUAUUUUUUACUUUGAGUAUCUGUAGAGGCAGAUGUAGUGCCACAUGCAGGGUGAUUUUUUUUUUUUGCUGUAUCAUUGUUGACCUGAUGUUCAAUUUUUGGUGACUUGGUAGCAGUAACUGAAUAUAGCAUCAAAAAGAGGCGAAAGUCAAAACUCAAUGGAUUUUAAAAACAAUGUGUUGUAACGUUUGACGGGAAGCAAAAACCAUGGAUAUCCCAUUAGGACAACUCGUCCAACUUGCUACAUUUUACCAAGCACAAGUAUCAUGGAAAAAUGGUUUAAUUACCAGAUAUUUAAGCAAAAAAAAAAUGUUUAAAGACAAAACCCACUCGGCUGGAAGCUAUAUUUCAGCCAUGUUCCUUUUAAACACAGCCAGCGCUUACACAACAACAGUUUUUAGUGUCAUUCAACAUUCUUUACUGCCAUUUUGUAGGAUAGCAGCCAUAUUAUGUGCUCAGAGUAGACAACCAACAACCAAUUUUUAGAUUUAACAAUCACCAAAGUGGUUAUCAAACACAAACUAUUCAUUUUAGGCACAAAUGUAACUUUUAAGCACUUAAAAUGUUUAUUAAAGCGCUUAAAUUGGCAUUGCGCGGUGCCACGCAUCACAUAAUUUUAAAACGAACUGUCGUAGAAACUGCCACCCCUGCCGUGACCUUUGGUCACCAGUAGUGUCACAGAUGCUGUAGUGACAAUCUGUAUGUGUGCCAUGUGUGACCGUGCGCAUCUUUAAUUGCCAAAUCUUUUCUACUUCCUCAGUUUGUACUGGCAGAUCUCUCAUCACGGCAGACUAAACAUGAUUUGUAAUAAAUUGACGUUCUAGCAGGGUGUGGUGAUAUAAGUAAGCGAAUAAAGACAGAAUAUGAAAAACAAAACAAGGCUUAGAGGUGGGCGAUAUGACCAAAACGUUACAUCAUGUUACGAGUUAUUUUAUUUCGCGAUAACGAUAUCACAAUAUAGCCUUGAUUGAAAUUUCAUAAUUCUUGUCGCCAUUCAUUAAAAAAAUGUAUACUAGCCUAAGUAAAAAAAAAAACAGCAACUCUCAAGCUUACUAAAGACAAGUUAACAGUGACAAAGAAACUAAUUACAGG